AUGCCGCGUGGGUUCCUCGUCAAGCGCAGCCGGCGCCCCGGAGGCUCCUACCGGGCGCUCCCGCGGGAGCGGGACCCAGAACGGGACCCGCCGCCCGCUCAGCCGCCCGCCCCGCCGCCGCCCGCCGCCGGGGGCAGCGCCGCCGCUAGACAGGGGGCGGAGGAGGAGGAAGAGGAGGAGGGCGAGGAGGAGGGCGCCGCCGCUGCCUGCCCUACGACGUGGCCCCCCGGAGGCGGUGGCCCAGGGCUCGCCCCGCCGGAGGGGCCGGCGGCGUGGGGGGCGGCGGGGCCCUGCAGCGCCGCGGGGCCGCGGGCGGCUCUCUUCGAGCGGUGCCUCAGCUCCCCCGCCUCCGCCGAGUCCUUUCCCCUGGCUGCCUCCUUCCCGCCCGCCGAGAAGCUGCUGCUGCAGCCCCGCACGCCGCUGCCCGCCCCCCCGCCGCCGCCGGUGCCCUCGCUGAAGCGCCCGUCGCGGGCCAAGGCGCCGGCCAAGAAAGCCAAGGCCACGCGGAAGCUGAGCUUCGCCGACGAGGUGACCACCUCGCCAGUGCUGGGGCUGCGUAUCAAGGAGGAGGGGCCCGAGAGCCGGCCCGGGCCCCCGGCGGGGCGCACGCCGCUGGGCGAGUUCAUCUGCCAGCUGUGCAAGGAGCAGUACGCGGACCCGCUGGCGCUGGCCCAGCACCGCUGCUCUCGCAUCGUGCGCGUUGAGUACCGCUGCCCCGAGUGCCACAAGAUCUUCAGCUGCCCGGCCAACCUGGCCUCGCACCGCCGCUGGCAUAAGCCGCGUCCCGGUCCCAGCACCGACGGCUCCCCCGCCCCGCCCGGCAAGGAGAACAGCCCCGAGCGGCGGUCCCGUGGCCCCGCCGCGGCCCCGCAGCCGCCGCCGCCGGCUCGUCAGCACCGCGGUGUGGCGGACAGCGCCGGCAGCGCCCCGGCCCCCCACGGCCCCACUCCCGGCCACGGCGCUCCUGCUGCCGGCCCCGGCGGGGAGGCGUUCGCCUGCCCCUGUUGCCAGAAGCGGUUCCGGCGGCAGGCCUACCUCCGCAAGCACCUGGGCACCCACGGGCCGGUGCGGCCCGCCACCUACGGCCCGCCCGAGCGCGGGCAGCUCGCCUUCGCUUGCCACCUCUGCGGCGCCCGCUUCCCCUCGGCGGACAUCAGGGACAAGCACCGGCUGUGGCACGCUGUGCGGGAGGAGCUGCUGCUGCCGCCGCCGCCGCCUGCCGGGCCCCCCGAAGGCGGCGCGGGGGGUGGCGAGCGGCCGGGCUUCCCUUGCAAGCACUGCCCCGCCACCUUCUUCAGCGCGCCCGGGCUGGCGCGGCACGCCAGCAAGUGCCACCCGCCGGAGAGCAGGCAGGUCCUGCUGCUCCAGGUGCCCGUCCGGCCUGGCUGCUAA